AUGUCAACCCCACUGCCUGAACAUGGAGACAUCCCUCGAGGACAAGCAACUCAAGCUGGUGCAGCUACAAGUGCAAAUGAUUCUGUAAAUCCUACUGACAUCAGUUUACCUCAAUCCGACAUUCUCGAACCGAGGCAGUCUCCUCCGGUUCAGGUAAUGGAGAAGUCAGAUCCGGCCGACCCGAAUCGAAUUCCCUCCUCCAUCUUCGAAAGAUCCAAGUCAACGACUCCGAUGGAGUGGAGUGUGGCCUCCAACGAGUCGUUGUUCAGCAUCCAUGUAGGGAACUCCAGCUUCUCCAAGGAGAAUGUCGUCAGUCCGAUGGCAUCCUACUCGGUCCACGCGGAAAGUGGUGCGCUACAGGCCGCAGCGGAGGCAGCGAACGCCGAGGAACAUGCUCACAAGGAGCGGCGUCCAGCUGAGCAAGCAGCAUUGCCCCCCAGCUUAUCUCGCAGCUCAGCUGAAUCCUUUGCGUUUCCAAUAUUGACAGGUGAAAGGAAAAGUGGUUCGUUCAAGGGGGAACCUGGACACCCACUGCAGCCAGACAAGGCAGAGCAGCUCCCGCUGCAGACCGGAACACCAAAAGAAGCUCCGGCUGCAGGAGAAUCCAGAUGGUUCUCAUGCUUUUCUUGUUGCACAUCUUGCUGUUGA